CGCCGCCUGCCUGCUUCCCCAUCCACUCCCCGACGAACUCACCCAUCUAUAAAACCCUCCACCUCCCCCGCGCACAUAACUCCAAGCAACCACCAUUUCAAUUUCACUUCACCUCGACAGCGCACACCCCACCCACCGGUCUCCCUCCUCCUCCACCACCACCGAAUCCCAAGCCAAGGCACAGGCAGAGCAGGGGGACCUCUCCCUCCUCUCCUCUCCUUCCCUUCCUCGCCCCCUUCGCCCGGCGAGCCAGCCAGCCAUGGAGCCGGCGGCGAAGACGGUGGAGCGGCUGGGGCAGCGCCUGGUGCCGCCGGCGGAGCCCACGCCCACCGGCCCGCACCGCCUGUCGUGGCUCGACCGCUACCCGACCCAGAUGGCGCUCAUCGAGUCGCUGCACGUCUUCAAGCCCGACCCGGCGCGGGACGGCGUGAGCCCGGCGGAGACCAUCGAGCGCGCCCUGGCGCGGGCGCUCGUCGAGUACUACCCGCUCGCGGGGCGCCUCGCCGUGUCCGACGACGCCGGGGGGCUCCACGUCGACUGCAGCGGCGAGGGCGUCUGGUUCAUCGAGGCCGCCGUGCGGUGCCGGCUCGAGGACGUCGAGUACCUCGAGUACCCGCUGCAGAUCCCCAAGGACGACCUGCUCCCGCACCCGCUGCCGCGCCCCAGCCGCGAGGAGGAGAACAAGCUCAUCCUGCUCGUCCAGGUGACCACGUUCGGGUGCGGCGGCUUCGUGGUGGGGUUCCGUUUCAGCCACGCGGUGGCGGACGGGCUGGGCGCCGCCAAGUUCAUGGGCGCGGUGGGGGAGCUGGCGCGCGGGGCGGACCAGAUCUCGCCGCCCCCGACCUGGGGCCGCGACGCUAUCCCGAACCCGGCCGGCGCGCACGUCGGCAGCCUCCCCGAGCUGGACGGCGCCAAGCGCCUCGAGUACCUCGCCAUCGACAUCUCCGCCGACUACAUCGACCACUUCAAGUCCCAGUUCGCGGCGGCGUCUGGCGGGGGCCGCUGCUCCGCCUUCGAGGUGCUCAUCGCCAAGGCGUGGCAGAGCCGCACCCGUGCCGCGGCCUUCGACGCCGACACCCCCGUGCACCUCUGCUUCGCCAUGAACGCGCGCCCGCUCCUCGCCGCCCGCCUCCCGCGCGCCGGCGUCGGCUUCUACGGCAACUGCUACUACAUCAUGCGCGUGUCCUCCACGGCCGGGAAGGUCUCCACCUCCUCGGUGACCGACGUGGUGAAGAUCAUCAGGGAGGGGAAGAAGCGGCUGCCGUCGGAGUUCGCGCGGUGGGCGGCCGGGGAGGAGGCCGGGGACCCGUACCAGAUCACCUCCGACUACAGGACCCUGCUGGUGUCGGACUGGACGCGGCUGGGCUUCGCCGAGGUGGACUACGGGUGGGGCCCCCCGGCCCACGUGGUGCCGCUGACGAACCUGGACUGCAUCGCCACGUGCAUCCUCGUCAAGCCCUGGGCCCACAAGCCAGGGGCGCGGCUCAUCACGCAGUGCGUGACGCCCGACCGCGUCGCCGCCUUCCACGACGCCAUGGUGGACAUGAACUGCUAGUCCACACCGCCAUUUGUUCAUGGUUCUUUUCUCUUCAAGAUUAAAUUACCGCGGUAAUUAGCAGGGGGUAAUGGCAUUAAACAGCCCUUCUGGUGAUGAAGAGCGACAGCAAAGAAUAAAGUCAGAAAGUGACAAAAUAUCGAUAAAGUACAUAGAGCCAGGUAUGGGGGACUGGUAGACAGCUAGAUGGUAGUUGGCAAUAGUGGGAUUGGUAUUGGAUUCCUUAUUUCCUUUGGAUGUCUUCUUCUUUUGUUGGUGGUGGUGGUGGGAGGGAUGUCUAGGGGUGUGUGUGUGUGUACAUGUCCUCUUUUCUUCUUAUUUUCUGCUGUCAGUUCUUGGGGGGCUUUGAUUGAAGGAAGGAUCAAAGCUGGACUUGGUGGGAAGCCACCAACUAACCUCCCCCGAUAUCUCAAUAUAAAGAUGUCAAUUAGAUGACCUGUAUUAUAGUAUUCAACAUUUUUUGCUUCUUUGUCAUAUAUACACAAGCCAAAAAUGAGUACAGCCUUUGAAUUGUGGAAUCUAAA